AAUUGUCCGUCCACUUUAUCAGGUUUGAGAUAAUAAUGCAUUAGUGCUAAGCCUCUCUCAUCAAAGUAGUUGAGAAAUGUGAGCCCGCCCCCUUUCAGGAGUAAAACCUAAUAUUUCUCUGCGCUGGGAGAGGGUGAGGGAGAGACUCGGCCAGGAUUGUGGGAGCGAAGAGAAACAGCCCUCACAACAUCAUCAGCUACAGACGUCCACAGCUUCAACCGUCCCUUCUUUUCGCCGACACAUCACUGGAGACCAAGCAACCAUCCUCACUGUCCUCAAAGACACUGUCAGACAAGAGAGCGGCUAGUUUUUGAUAUUAUUUUAUAGUGCCGUUCUUUUUUGAGUUGCGUUGCUGCCAGUGCUGGAUUUAAGUGCGUCUUUGCGAAGUCCAUCCCGGGCACCCAACGGCUUCCUGUACGCUCUGUCAUUCGGCCGGACAACACAACCGGAGACUGCCUGUGGUAUCUCGCACUUACCGGACAGAUUUCAUGCAUAAUAAAGUACGGAUGCUGGAAUCUUUGAAUUGAUCGGAGCAAGUCAAGAGAAGAGAGAGAAGAGAGAGAAGAGAAAGCGUUUUGAGGAGAGGCAGAAGAAAGCAUAAAGUUCUUUAGGGAGAGGAGAGAAGAAGAAGACGGGGACAAUGGGGAGGAAAAAGAUUCAGAUCACGCGGAUUAUGGAUGAACGCAACAGACAGGUGACGUUUACGAAGAGGAAGUUUGGCCUGAUGAAGAAGGCAUAUGAGCUGAGCGUGCUGUGUGACUGUGAGAUCGCUCUCAUCAUCUUCAACAGCACCAAUAAGCUGUUCCAAUAUGCCAGCACCGACAUGGACAAGGUGCUGCUCAAGUACACCGAGUACAACGAGCCCCACGAGAGCAGGACCAACUCUGACAUUGUGGAAACAUUGAGAAAGAAGGGCCUAAAUGGCUGUGACAGCCCUGACCCCGACGCAGACGACUCCGUCGGCCACAGCCCUGAGUCUGAGGAAAAGUACAGGAAAAUAAACGAAGACAUUGAUCUGAUGAUCAGCAGACAGAGACUGUGUCAGGGUGUUCCCUCCUCCAACUACGAGAUGCCGGUGUCCAUCCCUGUUAGCAACCAGAACAGUCUCAUCUACAGCCACCCAGGAGGUUCCCUAGGCAACCACAACCUGCUGCCCCUGGCACACCACAUGCAGAGGAACAGCAUGUCCCCCGGUGUCACACAUAGACCUCCCAGUGCAGGUGGCCUCAUGGGUGCUGACCUCACCACUGGCGCGGGCACCAGUGCUGGCAACGGCUACGGGAACCACCACCGUAACUCGCCUGGUCUACUGGUCUCUCCGGGCAGCAUGAACAAGAGCAUGCAGGCCAAGUCUCCCCAGACUAUGAACCUGGGUAUGAACAGCAACCGCAAGCCUGACCUGCGGGUGCUUGUUCCCCCUGGAGUCAAGAACAACAUGCCCUCCAUCUCUGAGGAUGUCGAUCUGCUAUUGAACCAGAGAAUAAACAACUCCCAGUCUGCACAGUCAUUGGCCACCCCUGUGGUUUCAGUAGCAACGCCCACACUACCUGGGCAAGGAAUGGGCGGUUACCCAUCAGCCAUGUCCACUUCAUACGGUACUGAAUACUCGCUGAGCAGUGCAGACCUAUCCUCCCUGUCCGGCUUUAACAGUGGUAGCUCCCUCCACCUGGGCUCCAUGAGCGGAUGGCAACAGCAACACCUCCAGAACAUGCAGCAGCACUCUGCCCUCAGUCAGCUAGGAAAUUGCAAUAGCAAUCACUUAUGUCACAAUUCAAAUCUCUCCCUGCCUUCUGCUCAAAGCCUGCACAUCAAGUCCGAACCUGUUUCUCCUCCUAGAGAUCGCACCAGCAGCACACCGGGGGGCUACGGCGUCCCGCUGCAACAGAACCCCUCGUCCCGCCAGGACUCAGGCCGCUCCCCUGUCGACAGCCUGAGUAGCUGCAGCAGCUCCCACGAGGGCAGCGACCGCGACGAGCACAGGAACGAGUUCCACUCUCCACUGGGAAUGUCCCGGCCCACCCUGGACGGGCGCGAGAGCCCCUCGGUCAAACGCGUGCGCCUGUCCGAGGGAUGGGCCACAUGAUAGCCACGCCCAGUGCUGGCCGUCGCUCAAGCCUCGCUCACGCUGCGACGUCAUGAUACCCCGACACCCUCGCUCUCGAUAUCACAACGCGACGCGUCACUCACCUCCGGAGCCCAUGCUCUCUCUAUCUCUAUCUCUCUCUCUCUCUCUCUCUCUCUUAUCUCUCUCUCUCUCUCUCUCUCUCUUAUCUCUCUCUCUCUCUCUCAUUGGAGGAAGGGGGGCACCUUUUUCUAUAUUUAACUGUAAUGUUUCUUUUUGCUUUUUGCAGAGUAUGUGUGCUAUACAUAUUGAAGUUCUAUAAAGCAGUGGAGGAGGUAGGUUGGAAUGGGGUUAGGGGAUAUUUUUGGUGGGGAACUAUGCAUUACUUGUGCUGUGUGUGGAAAAAAAAUGUAUGCAUAUAAAUUUACACGUGUGUCUAUGUGCACAUAUAUGCAUCAACAAAUAAACAAAAAAAAGUCAGGUACUCUGUUUUGUAAAAGUACUUAUAACUUUCCUCAGUGAUAAUCAGUUACUAGUAGAGGAAACACCCAGAGUGUAUGUUGCUGAGUGAACAGCCUAGCACUUGAGUUGGCCAACCGAUACAUGUGUACAGAGUCAGUUUCAUUGCUACCUUUCUCCGCGGUUCUCCCUUACAAAAUGUUUGUUACGAUAGAUGAUGUCAUGUUGCAGGUUCAACGUAUUUAUGUAAAUAGAGGGUCAGAUGGCAAAGGGGAGGGGUCAAAAGUUGCCAGACAUUACAGAUUAUUCAUACACAAAAGGAAAGCUAAUAUGCAACAUUUGAAGGAUUGUACAGGUAUUACCGCAGGCCCGUUGGUAGAUGUGAGGAACCAGGAAGAGAACCCAUGCUAAACAGAGAGCUCCUCCUCAAACAUGAAGCCUAUAGAUAGAAACAUCCUUUUACCCAAGAGCCAUGUUAGUGUAAUCAAGAAACCAUGGGUCUUGUAUUAGAUAUUCAGUAUAAAAAAACAAUUGUACGAUACACUUGCUUAUAUUUUCAUAUGAAAGGAAUACAAUGCAAAGCAUUUUUGAGGCUUUUUGUAGUUUCUAUAAGCCAGAAUGUGUUUUUUGAUAGCUUUGCUAAUAUGAAUGAGAUGGAUAGUCCGACAAGAAAUGAAAUUACUGGGCGUCCAAACCAAGCCAUGAGAACAGACUGAGAACCCAUGCUUUGCUGAACUGUUUUCUCUUUGUAGAGGUUUUGUUUUUAAACGUGUAUUUCUAAUUAUAUAUAAUAAUGAUAAAAUUAAGACUCUUUAAAAAAAAAAUCUGUGAAAUUAACAUGCUUGUGUAUAGCUUUCUAAUAUAUAAAUAUAUAUAAUAAUGUUUGUUUUUUCUUAGUGAAGUUUCUUAUGUGCAGUUGUUUGUUAUUUUGUUUUAUUUGAGCUGUUCAGAGGCAUAUUUAGUGUAACCUUGAAAAGCAGCUAAACAGAGUUGACCAUGUCUGUGUUUAUGAGUAAAUUAAGAAAGACAGACCUCUUUCAAACAACAAGUUUGAGGAAACUGUGUGGGGAUUGGAAGAGGGGGUUAAUGCCCAGGCAGGAGAUGACAUCCCACUGGGCACAGACAUCAGUUCAAGUUAUAGUUUUGAUUUAGAUUUGGUUGAGUUGUCAAGUAAUGUGAAUUCCACGUCAAAUCAACAAAACAUGUCAACACGUCAUUCGAUUUAGGUCAAAAGGGUGAAAAAAAAUACAAAAUUCCCUUUGAAUUUUUGGGUUGAAAUGAAGUGGAAACAACAUUGAUUCAACCAGUUUUUGCCCAGUGGCAUGUGACAUCCCAAAUGAAGGUUUGAUAUCACCCAUGGUGACCCAUCUUUGCUAUGUCAUGAUCCUCAUCGUUAGGAUUCUACAACAACACCCGCCGACAUCCACUUUGACGGGCCUUUGGCCCACCUAUUUUAUAUAUUUUCAAGGUUUUAUUUAAUGUUUUCACUACAAAUCAUUUGCCAAUCAUCACAAUGAGACCCAACCUUGUGUGCAGGACACCACAUGAGUCCAGAUUAAAAUAUUUAUUUGGUAGUUUGUAUUUGUGUCAAAUGAUCGAGCUGUUGAGUAUUUCUGUGGUCUCUAAUCACGAGGUGUUGUGCUGUAUUUGACCCCACUCAGUCCAAUGGCCAGCUCAGUGUUCCACCCAGCCCCCCUCCCCCUAAUGUUCAUGCUGGUUUAGGAAAAGCAAGAGUUGAUUUCAGACAAAUAUAACUUGUUUAAAAAAAAAAAAAAUACAUGAAACUAGCCACAUCUCUCUGCCUCUCACUCCCUAGUCUGCUGUCACUCAAGUGUUAUGGUAUUUCUAUGUGCAUAUUUCAUGCCAGUUCACUAUGUUGUUACUGUAUGCAGUCUGUGUAGUCAGGGGCAGAGCCCCUGCCGUGUCCUUUCUUUUUUUCUCCAAUACAAACGUUUUUUUUAAAACAUAAUAUUUCAGGCAGCAUAUGUGUGGAGAAACCAAAGCCAGUGGCAUUUCUGUAUUGUAAUAUUAUUCAACUUUUAUUUUCACGUUCAUUUAUGGUUAUUGCAAGCAUUGAAAAAAACAAUAAAAGCAUUUACUCAAAAUGUACAAUUGGUUUCCCAUUUCCAUUUCAAUUCGGUCAGACUUCAUAAUGUUCCUCUAUGUUAAACGGGUAGAGGUUUGGAGUACCAUUGCAAGUCCUUCUUAAUACAUGGUGAUAGCUAACUAUAUAGUGACAUAUGGAAUUGGCUAAUUUCAUAUUUUCAGAAGACAUUACUUGUGAACUGCAUUUCAAAUCCUAUAACAAAUAUUUGUAAUUGUGAGUAUAUUCAUUGUGUGUAUCAUGGAAAAGCAUGUUUUCCUAACCCUAUUUUUGUUGAUUUAGCUGGUUGAGUUACAAAAAACACAACAACAAAAUCUCCCUUUUUACCUGUAGUGUGUUUUCUGAGGUGUAGGUGGUGUUUCUUGAUAUUGUGUAACCAAAGACAUUGAGCAUGCUUGAUUUAAUUUCAUAUUUUAUUUUGGUUGUGGAUUUAAAGCAGUUGUAUUUCUUCACCUGUUGAUCAGUUGUAAUGUCAUUAUUCUGUAUUAACUUAUAUAUACUGGUACCUCUAAUUGACCCACCCAGUACCUCAGCUAACCUGUUGAUCAGCUACUUCUAGUGCAAAGGGAAAACCAUACACUUGUACAGUCAUGUGGUAUUUGCUUAAGGUCCCAACUAUUCACUUGGGAUUCUUUGAUUGCUUUACAUUGUUUGCGGUUUUCUUUAUUUUAGUUGUAUCAGUUUAAUAUAUAUAUACAUAUACAUAUAUAUAUAUAUAUAUAUAAAUGAGUGUGUGUGCGUGUGUGAGUGAGUGCGUGUGAAUAGCUAAAAAUGCUUACCAGUCUGUAGAAUCUAAUGUAGCUUGUAUAAAUCUGAAAAUUGUGGCGGUCUGAAAUUAGUGUUUGGAACGCAAGAGCGGCUUUCAGCGGCAUAAGCUGGCCUUUGUCGCUACUUGAAGAUACGAUGUUAUUCAAUUAAAACCACAUCUCUGUAUCUCACGGGACUUGAUUCAGCUGUAUGUAGUGAAAAAGCAUGGAACCUGAAAUAAAAGUUUAUUCUGCUGGGGAAA